AAGGGGGGAAGGGAAGGGGGGAACGAGAGACACAGGGAGAGAGGAGCAGAUUUUUUCUCUCUCCAGGGGCUUUUUUAUGUUUCUUGUGUUCUGAUCUGAAAGGGGAUCCAUCAGAGCUUCGGUUGUAUCUGCAAAAUCGUUUCAGCAGUUAUGGUGAGGCGCCAUGGGUGGCAACUUCCUGCCCACACCUUUCAGGUUGUUGCAAUUACCGUAUACUUCCUGUUAGUUGUUGCAUUUUAUGCCUUUUUUGCACCUUUCCUUGGUGGCCCUAUCUUGGAAUAUGCUUCAUUCGGAACUUACACUCCUGUGGCACUUCUUGUUUUCAUUCUUUAUGUCCGUUGUACAGCAAUUAACCCUGCUGAUCCUGGGAUUAUGUCAAAGUUUAAUGGUGAGCUAAUGAAUAAACCAGAUACAGCUAUGGGAAUACCAGGUAUGAACCUUACUGGUAAUUUUGGAGGUGGCACUGGGGCACGUUACUCUCCAUCAUCAGCUUCUAGAAGCUCCAUAACAGGAAACUCUAGCAAAAGGGGUUCAGUUGGUGAAGUUGCAAGAGGGGACAUUCCAGUUGCCCUUCCAGGUGGAAAAUCAUCAACUGGUUUCAGCAUUGGAGGAAUUUGCUGUGCAUUGUUUGUAUAUGAAGAUUGCUGCAAACACGAAGGAUCCACUGAUCCACAAGGGAAUUCCGAAGAUGCCUUGUUCUGCACAUUGUGCAAUGCUGAGGUGCGCAAGUUCAGCAAACAUUGUAGAAGUUGUGAUAAAUGUGUGGAUGGAUUUGAUCAUCAUUGUCGGUGGCUUAACAAUUGCGUGGGGAGGAAAAACUAUGUAACUUUUAUAUCUCUUAUGGCCACAAGCCUCAUCUGGCUUGUUAUUGAAGCUGGAGUAGGUAUUGCUGUCUUAGUGCGCUGCUUUGUGGAUAAAAGGGACAUGGAGAAUGAAAUUGUUGAGAGGCUUGGCAAUGGCUUCUCACGUGCUCCAUUUGCAACUGUUGUGUCUAUAUGUUCUGCAGUUUCAUUGUUAGCUUGUGUGCCUUUGGGUGAACUUUUCUUCUUCCACAUGUUAUUGAUAAGGAAGGGCAUUACAACAUAUGAGUAUGUUGUGGCAAUGAGGGCCAUGAGUGAGGCACCUGCUGGGGCAUCUGUAGAUGAGGAGAUGCCGAAUGUUCUUUAUUCUCCGACAGGGUCUGCUACAACAGGCUUAAGUGGUGGAAGUUCUCUUGGCCUGCAAUAUAAGGGUGCAUGGUGUACCCCUCCAAGAGUAUUUGUGGAUUACCAGGAUGAGGUUGUUCCUCACUUGGAGCCUGGAAUGGUACCAUCGACAGUUGAUCCAGAUGCUGCUGGAGUAGCAGAGAAAGGCAAGAUGCCUAAAAAGAAUGUGCGGUUUAGUGCUUGGAAGCUUGCCAAGUUGGAUUCAAGUGAGGCAGUGAGAGCAGCAGCCAAAGCUAGGGCGUCGUCCUCUGUUCUCCGGCCAGUUGAAAAUCGCCGCUUGCCUGAUCUUGAUCUCAGCUCCAGUGGAAAUUUGAGUGGCCGAAGUAGCAUGAGUACUGAUAUGGGGGCAAAUAAAGAAAUAAAGAGUGACCUUAGGUUAUCUCCUUUGAGGAACUCGUAUGCUCCAAGUCUUGCUAGCAGGGAUGAAUAUGAAACUGGAACUCAAAGUGCAAGUAGCUUCAGCAGUCCGAGCCAUGUUCAUGAAUCAGUCACGUUGAGUCCUCUCCCACUAGACCACUCUUCAGGUCCUCCUAAUGCUACAAAUGCAGUGCCCCAAUUUGUAACUGAGCGGCCCUUCACUGCUACUCGUACUAGUAGAGCAGUUUUGCCCAAUACUCUCAACAACCCAGUAUUCCAAUCUUCUUCCUCGGGAUUUGAUGACAAGAUUAUGCAGAAGGGUAACAGUACCGAUCCCCUGCUACUAUCAGCUCCAACUACUUCUCUUCUUCGAGAUAGUAAAAGAACAUCUGUCAUUUGGGACCAAGAAGCUGGAAGGUAUGUCUCAGUCCCUGUGUCAGCUAGAACUGCUGAAUCUGCAUUAGAUGCCCGAAUUAGAUAUUCAGCACAAGUUGGAGUAGCACACAGUCAUGCAGAGACAAUCAACUAUUUUAGAAAGCCUACUAUUCCGCCAUCCGAAUCUUCUGCAGCAAAGGCUGCAUUUCAGCAGUCGGAGAAGCUGAUGUACACGGGGGAUUCUAUCUUCUUUGGUGGCCCUCUUUUGAGUGUCCCGGUCAAGGAUACUACAAGAAGCGAGGCCAAUACAAGUUUGAGAUCAGAUCAGGAGAAUGUCUUAUCUAGGGAGGCUAGAGCAGGUAGAGUCGUUGCUCCAAAUCAGUUCCCUGUGUUCAUCCCAGGGGGUUCUGAGAGGGACCCACCAUUCAAGUCAAGAUAAAUUGGGACAUGAAGCUUGUGACAAGAGAUGCCUUAGAGUUGAGAGUAUAUGCCAAUUGUUACAUGAUCAUUUGCCCAAUUUCUGGGGAUGACGAAAACACGUGGAUGCACCAUCCAGGGAACUUCUAACCCAUGGAGCUCUUUAACUUUAUAUUUGCAUUCUUGAACUGAGGCUUUGAUGGAUGGCAUAGACCAAGAGGGCGACUUUCAGCCUCUUUUCAAGGUUGGGUUCUGUUUUUUUCUUUAACACGCUGAAGUCAUGGUAGUCUUUGCAUGCAUUUGCUUUUGUUGUAAACCAGAUGGUGAUCAGAGACUUGUGCAAUUUUGUGCAUUCUGGAAUCAAUUCUUUGUGAGCUCUCUAUUAAACCCUGUUGUUUCUGAGUUGCGCUGUUGUUCAUGUGGAUCUCAGUAACACGAGAGGGCAAAUGAGAGAAAGAACAGGAUUCAGGACUUCAACUGGUAGUCUCGUGUAAAUUAUUUUAUUGAGUUUCAGUAAUUUGGUCUGUUAACUGUUGAA